GGGCAUCCAUUAGCCGAGACACCAGCACUCGUACUUGUAUCGCCGGCCGCACACUCCCAGCUGAAGCCCAACUCAGUCCUGCCGAGCACACAGCGCGAGUCCAGUCGAUGGCAGCGUUUUGGCCACACACAAUGCAUAACCCAGUUCAUCGGCGUGGCUAUCGGCAUUUCUGUAACCUUUCCAAUGUUUUUUCUCUUCGACCUCGUGGCGUGCGCGUAUUUUCAGCUCGAUAAACUUGUAAACACACACACUGAGAAAUGGCGAUUACAUGGGAGCGCCUUUGACAAGCCACUCGUGUGUGUGCUGUGGCAUGUGAUCAGGUGGUGAUGGGGUGCUUGUUGGAAAGGUGCGAAGAUCUGUUUGUGGCCAGAUCACAGUCAUGUUCACUGCGGGUAAAUGCAGUAACCUCGGAAACAUCACUUCCGACGUCGUCGACGGUCGGUCGUCCUUUCAAGGCUUUUGUUUUGAUGCAGGGUUGCACUAACUGACAGUACUGCACUGCUCCGCUGAUCAGUGAUAGAUGGCAUUUGCAGAACGUCGUUUUUUUGCAGUAUUUCUAGUUUUCAAGCUCGUCUUCAUUACUACAUUAGCAAUCUCAGGGAGCGUGCUAUAGCAGCAGGGCUUGCAGUUAUACAAACGAUUUGAACGUUGAGAUUCCUGCGCUAAGCUCUCGUACUUGUCGCGGCGGUGAACAACUGACAGUCCUCUGGUGCUCCGCGUUCCCAUUGGAAAAUGUAGCAGAAUAAGAAGGUGGUGGUGACGUCUCCAAACUCAAUACUAACGAUGGACAACAGUACUGCCGGCGAUUUUAAUUCAACAAUCACAGCCGCACGAAUAGACUCCGACUGGGAGCUGUCCACGGUGGAGUGGGUGGUGUUCAUAGCAUGCCUGUGCAGCGUGCUGCUACUCGCAAUGUUCAUCGCCCUGGUCGGACGCUACCGCAAUCAGCGGGACGACGACGAUGACUGGCGCGAGGUCCCCGUGGCACGCAGAGCAUCCAAGAAAGCGAGCACGUCAUCAGCGGGUGGUGUGCGGACAAUAGUCGGCGGGUCCACGUCGUCACAGCCGCAGGCCGUCAUAGCGGAGAGUCCGAAUCCACACAUCGGAUCGCAGUCCAGCAUCUCCCCGAUCGUUGUGCCGCACGAGCACGCCCGCGCCGUGCCAGCCGUGCGGCCCGGCGCCGCAAGCCUCUCGUCAUCCGUUCCGGCGAUCAACGUCACGACGCCUCCUGCCACGGCGUAUCACCUGACUGCCGAUCAGGCGCGGCGAGAACGAAACCGUCCCUCCUUGCCCUGGGAGAGCAACUCGAAUCGAACGAGCAGCGGCGACAGGGCGCCCACGCCAAUCAUCUGGGGUGAUCAGCAGCCGCCACCCGUCGUGUCUGAGCAGCGGGAUCCCGUGUACGGCUACAGUCACUUGCACGGCGCAGGAAAUCCAAACGCAGCGCAGCAGCGUGCUGCCAUGCCCGCAACUGCCGAGGUCAACGGCGAGUACGACGAUGUGCUGGCAGCUCAGGCGCGCUCGCAUCGCGUCACCACGCCGCGGCAGAGUCACCACUAUGACAAUGUGGCAGCGUAACUAACGUUAGCGUCCUACGAAUAGUCUUCCAGUCUUACAAACAGGUCACCAGUACCAUCCAUAGUGGCAAUAUGCCCACUGCGCAAAUAUGAAUUGCACGAGUAGUGCAUGUGAGUGCGCUGGGGUCAGGAAUUCACUGUUCAACACCCCCAGACGAUCAUGGCCAGAUGGCUGUGUGUGGGGUGUUUAUGGUACAAAUCACAUCAUUGUGUGUGUAUGAGUGUGCAUGUGUGUGUGUGUGUGUGUGUACAUGUGUGUGCAUGUGUGUGCGCACGUUUACACAGACGUGUGCAUGCGUGUAUGCAUGUGGACUUGAGAUGAUCGGUUUACCGGCUAACCUAAUGUUAUUAUGCUGUUCUUCUGCGUAAACUGUUAAUGGUGUGGGCUCAGCACAGAAAGUAUUCUCUCCAGCUCUCCACUGAUUUUUGCCAUUUUUCCGUUAUUGUUGUCGGAUUUACUAAGAGCUCCCCAGAUCCCCUGCAGCGUUUUCCUUCCACGUGUGAACAGUUCCAUUCCCCGAGCAGGCUCUCAGCUGAACAAAAUGAAUGACAUGAUUGUUGAUUUACAAGUAAAUAUCAAAUGCACCUUUCAGUGCUUGUGCUGACAGUAAAACUUCAAUAAUUAUCCCAUUUUUUUUAAAUAAAUUUCUUAUCAGUGAUCCUGUGACCACAAUUUGAGUACAUGUUUCUCGUCGCAUUCUAUCCGAUUCUACUGUGAUGGAUUUCUACAAUUUUGAUAGGCUUGUGAUAUUUUAUCUUGCAAUAAUAUUCUAAAUAGAUGCUUUAAAAAUAUCAUGUACACUCACGCUACGUUGAUAAUGCUGUGCAUGCUGUUGUUGCAGCCAGACUGUUGAACAUGUUGUCAAGAUUCAAAGAACCAAUUUUAUGGAUAUGUACAGCUGA